AUGCCGCUGAUCGAGCUGCGGUCGCCAGGCGGGGAAUCAGUGUGGCCAGCCGUCGUGGAAUCGACAACAACCACACAGGACCAGUGGCUAAGUUACACGAGCACCACCAGCGAGCAGGAAUGGACCACCACGUCGACGCCAGAAGAGGGAUGGACCACGACGGGCUACACGACGCAGACCGGCUGGAUCACGAGCUACACCACGACGACGGACUGCGACUGUGAAUGGGAAUCCUCAACCACUUCCACCUCGUCAUGGUGUCCGACGCCCAUCAUCGUCACGCCCACCACGACGAAUCCGUACCCGAUUGUCACCACCACGCCCGCCGGCGUCAUUGUCGUCGAUGACCACCACCAUCACGGUCUCGCCCCAGGCGUCGUGGGCGGCAUCGUUCUCGGCGUCUUCUUCGGCGUUUUGUUACUUAUCCUCCUGUGCAUCUGCUGCUUCCGCAGUUAUCGCACCCGACCAUACUACGCCGGCUCCUCGUCCUCGUCCUCCAGCCACUCCCCCCGGCGGCGUAAGCCACCCGUGGUCGUCAUUGACCCUUACCCCAACAGACGCGACGCGAAUCUCACUUUCGUCGGCGGUGGGAAUUACCCCGGGACCAGGGUCAUGGUCACCAAAACUCAAAAGAUCUUUAUCAGACCUCCGCCUGUCAGGCAGGUCAGGACGGUGAGGGAGACGAGGAGAGCCGAGAAGAUUGUAGUCGUGGAGGAUGACGAUUGA